CCAAAUGGGAGGCCAAAUGGGAGGACAGAUGCCUGGGCACAUGGCCGGUCAGAUGCCGAGUCAGAUGGUUGGCCAGAUGCCGGGACAAAUGCCAGGACAAAUGCCUAGCCAGAUGGCCGGCCAGAUGCAAGCCCAGAUGUUCCCCCAACAUAUGCAACAAAUGCCCCAGCCUAGAAACGCCAUGGAGCAGCAACGGCUGAUGUACCAGAUGCAACUUCAACGACAGGCAAACAUGCAAAUGCAACAACAGAUGGCCGGCCAGAACAUGAUGCAACCACACAAUGCGGCUCAAGCUCAGGCGCAACAUGCUCACGUUCAACAAGCUCAAGCUGAAGCGCGAGCUCAGGCGGCGCAUCGUAACUUGAUGGCUGCCAGAGGAGGACAGAUGGUUCCCACGGGAAUGCGCCCCCAGCAGGGGAUGGCUCAACAAAAGCAACAGCACCCACAGCAGCAACCUGUUGGAAGGGGGGACCCCAAUUCGUUCCUCAAGAACUUGACGGCGUUCAUGAACAGCAAAAACAUGCCAUUGGAGAUAAGCCCGGUUGUUGAAGGUCGCCCAGUAAACUUGGCCUCCCUAUUUCAGCUUGUAUACCACAAGUUCGGAGGGUAUCGCAACGUGACGCAGUCGAACGGUUGGCCGCAAAUCACACAGAUGCUCGGGUAUCCUGUCCACCAGGUGCCUAAUGCGCCGCAACAUAUCAAGACUGUUUACGAACGGAAUAUCCUAAAGUUCGAAGAGGCGUGGACGGCACAACAGCGGGCCAGGCAGGCCGGUAUUAUGCCCAAUCCGCAAAACAUGCAGCAAGCUCAACCCAUGAAGCCGAUGCCACAGAUGCCGCCAAACCAGAUGAUGCCAGCCGGGCCACAGCCACCUAUGAAGCCCCCAGUUGCGCAACAACCGAAUGUCAAUGGCUUUCCUGGGCCGCAUCCCGGGCAACAACAACAAGCGAACGCCGGUCCGAUGGGCCACCCGCGUAACAGCCUGUCGAGGAGCUCACAACCUACACCAACAGCAGAAGAGUUUCCAAUGCCGUCGCCGGCUCACAACAAGGCUGGAAGCAUGUCGAUGCCAGGGUCUGCCCACCCAGAGAACCAGGCGAUUCCAGGGCAGGGAGUUGAGGCCGCGCCUGGGUUCCCCAAGCCGACCCGUGAUCCAGAGGUCUAUAUACCUUGUUCGAGAGAAGUUACCACAUAUGGCGGCGUGGAUCUUGGCUCGGUAGAACAUUUUGCGGAACAGUUAAGGAAGUUCAAGCCAGACGUUCCCCAUCUUACCGAUCUAGGGAACAUCGACGUACAUGCUCUAACCAAGAGCAUCCAAAGUGGCAUCCACGGCGAAGUACGGCUUGCCUUGGAUGUGCUGGGGACGCUAUCGGCCACAUCACCAGAAAGUGGCAAGCAAGACCCUCCUCAGCCAUAUCUCCCGCUUGAUCUUCGACACUGCGACGACCUGGUAGAAACACUGAUAGAAUGCGCUGAGGAGCAAGUUGAUCUGCUAGCCGAAAACUCGGAAGAAGCCUCCGACGAGAUUACCAUCACCUCUUAUGAGGAUGUCGUCCGCGCCUGCCGCAUCGAGAAAUUCGCCCCCCGGAGCGUCCCCCUCUUCGGCUCACAAGAGUACGAGCUCGACCACGCCGCCGACAGGCUAAUAGCCAUCACCACUAUCCUACGCAACCUCUCUUUCCUCGAGGAGAAUCAGGCCUGUCUCGCCGACGAGUCCGUCAUCCGCUUCCUGUGCAUGGCCAUCCGCUACCUCGGCACGCGCGAGAUGUUGCUCCGCACGCAGGUCAACACUCUGGACUUUAUGAAAGAUCUGGUCAUCCUGCUCUCCAACAUCACGCGCUGCGUGGAGAUGCCAGGGAGGGAACAAGCCUUUUGCCUGCUCCAAUUCCUCCUUGCUUUCGCUCCCUCGCCAGCUCCAAGCAUGUCUCCUUCACCCGACGGCAACGAUUCUGACCCGGGAAUCCUCUUCUUCACGCCUUACGACCCCUCCCUUCACCCAUACCUCCCACACGCAAUCGACUCGCUCGCCAAACUCUUGGCCCGCGACGAGCCGAACAGGAUGUACUACAAAACCAUCUUCGCCAGCGAAUCCCCCUCACCAGGCCAAGCGUCGCCAGCAGACCUGCUGAUAACCCGCACCUUCGCCCUCGCUAUCUCGCCCAUCCCAGACCUUUCUGCUCCAAACACGCGCCCCGCCAACAUCCCUUCCUUAAUCGAAGUCAGGAAGCCGUUCCUCAUGCAAGGACUUCUAGCUGCCGACAUUCUCGCCUCCAUUACCCCCGACGGUCCCGUCGGAGCUGGAGCAGGUGCCGACGCAGCCGAAAACGGACCAGCUGUUGCCAGCGGUGGGGUCAAUGUCGCCAGAGUAUGGCUCUCCUGCGGCAAUGGCCUCGUGCAAAAUCUCUUCCACCUCGUUCGUCAACUCAGCAUGCAAUACGAGUCUCAACCGGUCGGUCCCAUCAGGCCUACAGGGCGCGGCGGUGCGAACCAGCAACAUAACAAGCGGGAUGCGGAUUUUUUGUGGUUUGUGGGAGUGAGUUAUUUUUUUUUAAAGUCUUUGGGGAAGUCAAUGAAUGGAUGGGGUUUGAUCGGAGAUGGGGUCUUUUAUAAGGGGGUUGCAUGCUGUUGGGAUUGGGAUGAGGUGCAUGAUGCAGAUGAGAUGCCAAUGGAGCUGCAGGAGGCGGGAAGAGGAAGACGCGUGGCGAUGAGAUGGAUACGGGAGACGGGUACGUGACAUGGAUAAGGAAAAGCAAGUGAAGAAAGAGGAACAGGGAGAAGCGAGAACUCAAGUGGAAAGGAGUGGGGGAUAGGGUGGGAACCAAUCGAAGAAGAACAGAGAAAGAAAAAUCGUACAUAAUAGAGGAGUUUUGCCUUGCUUUGUCUGUCUUGAGAGCAGGCGGCUGUCUGUUUUCGUCAAUAAAUAUUAUGGCUUUGGAUGGGAUAGGCUGGUUAGGAGUUUUGCGAAGUCUUGGUCAAUGAAGCAAGCGAAGAGAGUUAAAGAGUUGAAGAGAGUUAAAACAGGGGUUGGCAGCUUGAUCAUACAUACAAACCAGCGGAGCUUUGUGUAUCA